AUGCUCGCAGCCAAGCUCAUUCGACCUAUCCGAUCAGCAUUCCGAAGCAUCUAUUCACAGUUCCUUGCCUCGAUUAUGCAAAAUCGCGAUCUCGAAAGCGGCCAGCCCUCCACGCCACCAGCAGCCCACUCCGCGCCUCAAAACCACUCCGACCCUGUGGGUGAAACCCACUUCGACCCUGUGGAUGACGAAAAUGAUCGCCUUCUCAACCACGAGGAAGGGGAAGAGGAAGAGGACGCUCCCCAAAAUCCACUACCGACCAAGCGCCCAACGAGCCUCCUCACUGUAUGGCUCCGCACAAAACCCGUGGGACCACGAGGUCUAUUGCGCAACAUUCGUCGUCUGAAUGCCGAACUCGUUACGGGAGCGUGUCUCUUAUUCGGUGCCGCCGUUCUUUCCGCGUAUGUCCUCUACUGGACGCGGACAACGGUUCAUCCUUGGCGAUCCCUUGAAGUGGUAGCUGUGGUGGGUGGAGGAAUUCUUGGGAUUAUAAUAGCUACCUGGGGUGCUGUUAUCGGGUUCUGCUCUGGAUUUGAUACAAGAGGCGAUGUGACCAAGGAGCAUGUGGCGUAUGCGGUGUGGAAGGCGAUUUUCAUCACAGUGCUUGGCGGGAUUCUGCAUGUGUUGUUCGCGGGAAUGCCGCAUACGGUUGAUGGCUGGUGGAUGUUUAUGGCACCAGGGUGGUGUAUUGGUUUGGCUCUUGGGUUCUUGACGUAUCCGAGCGAGACGAGCGAUGUUGACCAGACCGUGUUGCGCUGA